AUGGAUAGUGGAUUUGUACUAUCUUAUUCAUUUGGGAUUGGGAUAUGCGGCUAUGAUUAUAAAGCUACAUUGUUACUCGAGAUACUAACUGGACGAAGAUCAGUGGAUAAAACCCGUCCCAACGGUGAACAAAACCUGGUGGAAUGGGUGAGACCUCAUCUUGUAGACAAGAAAAGGUUUUACACAUUGUUAGAUCCUCGGUUAGAAGGUCACUUCUCUAUCAAAGGUGCUCAGAAAGCCACACAAGUAGCGGCUCAGUGUCUUAACCGAGACUCGAAAGCUAGACCAAAGAGUGAAGUUGGCGAAGUGUUGAAGCCGUUACCAAGUCUUAAAGACUUUGCUAGCUCUUCUUCUUCUUCUUUUUUUUAG